GGGCCGGGCGGAAGAAGUCGAGCCCGAAGUAUUUCCGGUUCCGGUGUCAGUUCGAGGCGCCGCCGCCGCAGCCGCCGGAGCCGCGAUGCCUAAAGGAGGGAGAAAGGGAGGCCACAAAGGCCGGGCAAGGCAGUACACGAGUCCUGAGGAGAUCGACGCACAGCUCCAGGCUGAAAAGCAGAAGGCCAGGGAAGAAGAGGAACAAGAAGAAGGUGGAGAUGGGGCUGCAGGGGACCCGAAAAAGGAGAAGAAAUCCCUAGACUCAGAUGAGAGUGAGGAUGAAGAAGAUGAUUACCAGCAAAAGCGCAAAGGCGUAGAAGGGCUCAUCGACAUCGAGAACCCCAACCGGGUAGCACAGACAACCAAAAAGGUCACACAGCUGGACCUGGACGGGCCCAAGGAACUUUCCAGGAGAGAACGAGAAGAAAUUGAGAAGCAGAAAGCAAAAGAGCGUUACAUGAAAAUGCAUUUAGCUGGGAAGACAGAGCAAGCCAAGGCUGACCUGGCCCGACUGGCGAUCAUCCGGAAACAGCGGGAGGAAGCAGCCAGGAAGAAAGAAGAAGAAAGGAAAGCAAAAGACGACGCAACUUUGUCAGGAAAACGAAUGCAGUCGCUCUCCCUGAAUAAGUAGCCAGGCCUGUGGGAGGAGACACCAGGGAACUGGGCUGUGCUGCCAGCACCUCUGCCUGUCUCGCCUACCCUGUGCCCUGGCGCCGCUGCAGCAGCCCCCCCACAGCAAGAAGGCCCCCAUGGCCGCUGGGGUCUCCUCUUCAUCUUGGCACAGAAAUCGUUUGGAGGGAUGAUAGGGGGGUUGGGGGGAGGGGGCAGCUGCUAUCUUUGAGACGGAAAGAUGCAGGACAGCCUUUCAUAGGUAACCAUUUAAAUGUCUUUGCUGAUUUUAGAAUUCAGAACCCUGGGAGGGGGGUGCCUGGGAGGUGGGGGAAGAACUUCCAUUUGUCCAGUAGAUUGCAUGGAGCAGUCGUGCUGGGGCAGCUGCUGACGACUUUGCAACACCAGCCCCAGUCUGUGUUACCUGGGUGCGCACUCAGAGGGGCUGUCUUCUGGGAGCCCUGGGUCCCUGAGGGUCAGGGCUCAUCCCUGGGCCACUCACCUCUGACUGAGGCCUGCCCCCUCUGCCCUUCCCUGCCCCACUCCCACCCAUGUGGCCAGGGCCCAGGCCCGUUUUUAACCCUACCCAUGGAUCAUUUCAAGAAACCUGUUUACUGUGCGGCACCCAGGCAAAACAUGCUCCACAAAUUCAACUUGUAUAUUUGGCAUAUUAAACUUGACAUUAUCGUAA